CCGGGCCGUAGCUACUAACGCCCGUUGGUCUCCGGGGUUACCAGGUUUAGCACACAGGGCGGCUGGCCUACCUGAAAUGGAGUGGAGAGAUGAUUUUUCUCUUGAUUCUUUGCACUUGGAUUGUUUGCUAAGCACAUUUCCUGGAAAUCUGGAGGUUCAACAGGUACUUGGUGACAUUGAUGAGAAACUAAAGAAAAAUACUUCAUGUGUGGAUCAAUGCCUUAAGGAACUAAAACUGGAAUUAAAUGAAACUUGUUCUGAUGAGUUGCUGCAGGACACAAGUUACCAUCAUUGGCUAAAUAACCAUGAUUUCAGCUCAACCAAAUUUUCUUCAACCCAUCAAGGAGAAUUAAUCAAGUUCCUCCAAACAUUGCAAAGAUUACUGAAGAAUGAACAAAAUCAAGAAGAAACAAUUCUUCACUUUCUCCUUGAACUCUCCAAUCAGUGUGGUGUCUUAUUUCCCUGCACUCCAAGUGGAGCAUCUUUUGAAUUCAUAUCCAGUAAUUCCAUUCAUGGUAUUGAAGAUAAUACAGCAGUAGAUGUUUGCUGUAUUUGGGAUGAUAUAAGAUUACAUCUUCGACGCCACUUAGUACAUCAAUUGCAGAAUAAUCAAGAAACAAAAACUGGUACUUUACAACAUCAGCUGCAAUUUAAAACUCAAUGCCUGCAGCAUUUCUUAUUUCUUUAUCCUGAAUCUGAAGUUCUAGUCAAGUAUCAAAAAAUGCAGAAUAAAUUGGUUAGUAAUCUUUUGCAGAAAUAUGCUCAGGAUAAGAGUGAUGAAAUGACUUUUGAAAAGAUUGUUCAUAAUUACAAAAGUUCAAUGCCUGCCUUCUGUGCAAUGAUAAAAGAAGAUUUGUACAUACUAAGUGGAAUUACUGAUUCUUCUUCUCUACUGAAAUUUAUUAAUGAAACUUAUUUGGAUACCUUUACUGAAGAAACCACUAUUGUUUUUCACAUGCUUCGUGAGCUUCAACUUAAAGAAAGGGCACUACAUGCUAUAAAGACAAGCAAAAACUCAAAGAAAAACAGAGGAAUGGUUCAAGUUGGGGCUGCUGAGGAACUUUCCAGAAAAGGAAUGAACCAGUGUUUAACAUUACAUCAACUCAAGUGCCUUUCCCAACUUAUAAAAUCAUUUUUGUUGAUGGAAGAAAAUAUUGAAGAACUAUCUUCAGGAUUACUGUUAGCAUGUAUGUCUGAGAAGAAAACUACUCAAGGAGUUCUGAAAAAAACUUGUGGGAAGCUUUUUACAGGGGACAGUAGAGAAAAUGAAUCCAGCGAAUUUCCUGAGCAUAUCUUUAAGGUUAAAAAGUCUACCAUGCUAGAGUUUGGAUGGAGAAAUGUUUUUAAAGAUCUGUCCUCUUCAGUAGCACACAGUUUAAUAAUUGCAGUUGAAGAUUUUUCUGAUAAAAUUCUUGAACAUGAACAAAAUGAACAGUCUUCAGCUACCUAUUAUAUGAUGUGUCUUGUAAAUGUAGAAAACAUGAAUGAAUCCUGGAGAGUCAUCCAUGAGAAAGAGCAACCAAAACAGAUUUCAAAGUUUUGUUCUGACAUCAUGGAAAUUCUUGACAUGUUGCUUCCAUUGGCUCUGGCAUGCACAGUUGAAUUUCUCCAGGAAAUCAAGGCAAACUUUAUAGAGGCUUGCAGCAAAGUGGCAACAACUCUCUUGACCAGACUGGAAGAAAGAAGUAAAGAUGUUCCUACAACAGCUCCACUUCAGAACUUAUAUACCAUUCUUUCCACAGCAGUACAUGUAUAUCAGCAUUUUAAAAUGUAUCAAAAUGUAAUGAAAGUGGACUGUGGAAAGCCCUUAUUUUUAGCACUUCUCCAGCAAUAUAAGGAACUGAUCAGCAUUCUUCAGUUUCAAGUUACAAACUAUUGCAUACAAGUGUGUGUUACAAGCAUUUUACAGGAUGCUGAGAGUCAUUAUUGGGAUGACAAUAAAGCUUUUUAUGAGGGAGAAAGAUGUUCAUUCUCUAUUCAUAUGUGGCAUUAUUUCUGCUAUUCUCUUCAACAUGAUUUAUGGACUGUUCUACCUCCCGUAUUAGCUCAGGAGAUUCUAACAGAAGUGCUGGAAGAAUCAUUAGCACUUUUGGCUUGCAGAUAUUUUCAGGCCCAGCCCAGUUACAGAAGGACACCACAAAUAAGAACAGAUGUCACAGCAAUCCUGAUGACCUGUGAAAACAUGCUGUGGUCAGUUUGUGGUUCCAUGCAAGAACUUUUAGAUUCACAUGAAGACAGAAAUCCUCGUAUUUAUAAUAUCCACAGAUAUUGCAAUAAUUUACUUGCAGCUGCUCUUGUUUUAACUUCACCACUAGAGAAUUUGUACAAAACAGUUCAAAGCAUUUUUGAUGACUUGUCUUCAGAUAUUUUGGAGCAAGCUGUUUACCAACCAUUGCACUGGCUAUCUGGUAUGUCAGAGUUUUCUUCUUCAUUGUUAAAAACUCCAUCAGCUGGGGAAAUGACAACUCAGGGUCAUCUGAAGCUACUAUUAUCCCAGCCAUAUUGUAACUGGAACUUGCUUUUGCGAACACUGCUACAUCAUGAUUGCCUGUUAGUGAAAAUUUUACUGAGAAGUUUUAAAUCUGAAUUGUCUAAAAGUAAUGAACAAAGUACUUGCUUAGACAGGAAAGAGAACAAUGAAAUCAAUCUAGCUGAAGCAAUAUUCACAAUAUUGUCUUAUUGCACUUUAUCUCCCAAAUCUCUUGGUGAUGCCCUUCAGAACUACAUGGAAAAAGAACUCAUGUGGGAUUUCUUACAUAAUAUAUCAGUUUCUAGUUGCAGUGAGUCAGAGCCAGAAGUUAUCAAAUGCUUGAAAUCAACUUUGAUUAAUUCAGUUAACGGAACAAUAAAGGAGGUAAUCUCCUUGAUGCAUUCAUGGGAACCAACAGAAAAAUAUGGCACCUAUCUGCCUAAUAAAACUGUUCCUGAAAGUUUGUUGAAUAUAGUUCCAAAGGAAUGGAAUUACAUUUAUAAAGAUGUGAAAACAGAAAAAUCCAGGAAAUGUUUCACAAAGCUUGCUGCUCAAGUUCUAUUUAUUGUAAUCAGCAAGUUACCUUCUGUAAUAGCAUGUUUGCCAUCCCCGAUUAAAUAUUUCUUUUUAAUAUCUGAGAAAAAAAUACCAUCAAAGUUUAUUGAAUCAGAGAAAUAUGGUUUUCUUGUCAAGACUUUGAUUAUAAUUAUAUGUCAGAUAUUUGAGGAUGGGAACAUCACAGAACUUUUAACGGGUGCAAUUCUUGACAGAUGGAGCCAAGAAAAGCUCAGUUUAGUUUGCAUAUGUUUGGAAACUAUUAUAGGAAAAAAGAAAAAGCAUCCUAAACAAGUAAUUUGUGAGAUUAUUCAGAGCAUUGAACAGGAAAAACCAAACUGGAUUGAAAAGCAACUACUAAAAGCAAAAAAACUGAGCACAAAUUGUACAAUUACUACUACAAAAGAUAGUAGGAGCUUAGAAGAGGAAACUAUUGAGCUUGAAUUGACUGAGCAGAAAAUAAACAUGAUGGCCUUGGAUAUCUGCCACAAACCAGGUGGCAGUGAAUACCUGAGGCAAAUUUAUCACAUCAUCCAGCUCAAUGAGGAUUAUUUGAAUGAACAGCUAUCUUAUGAGGGAACUUCUGAAGAAAACCCAGCAAACAUCAGACCUUUGCAUCUAAUGUUACGAAGCAAAGAACAACCUGUUUUUGACCCUUUGCAGGUGCACCACUGGUAUUGCACUAAUGUGUUAAAAAAGUGUGUCAUUAAUGAGUGGAAGUGGGAUUGGUCAGAUAUGCUGUCAAGUUAUAUGGGACAAAAUAGAAUCACCUUUAGGACACUGCUAGCACACAGGUAUUCUGUUAAUGCCUUUCUGCGAUGUGCAGAUGCUUUUGUGCAAAUAUAUAUGAACAUACACGCCCAGCUACCAUGCAGAUAACUAUGCAACUGUUCUAGAAUUGGUAUCUAAACUUGGAAUCAGGUACUGCCCUAAUCCAAGAAAAGAUAGAAUUCUGAAAGCCAAUUUUACAUGGAUUUUUAUCAUGGACAUUAAAUAUGACUUAUUGAAUUUUCAGAACUACAGCCUAUGCAUAUCCAGCUAAAUCUUUAACCAUCCAUACAGAUAAGAAUAUUGACUUGAAUAUCUCUUAUAACUUAUUUUCCAUUUCUCUAUUUUUCACAUAGUAUUGAUAUUUACAAUACUCACAUAUGUACAACAUAUAGAACAUGAUUUUGUUCUUUAACCAUAAAAGAAAAUAAUUACAGAAUGUAAUUCCUCCCAGGCUCAUGAUGUUAAUCUGAUUCGUAUGAGUACAAGAUUUAGGCAUAUGUACAUGACUAUAAAUUAUGACAACAUUAAUUCUACAAUUUGUAUGAAAAUAAAAUUUUCAAAGUUGUUAUGAUUGUUCUUUUACUCAUAAACCAAGUAUUCCAUACUGUCACUAAGAUUUGGACCAAAUUAUUACAUAUUUGGACAGCAAAUUUAAUUUAAUCUUUGAACAUGCUAAUGUAAUCCUAAAUAAAAUAUGUGCCAGUUAUAGAUUUAAUAGACUUAUCUGAAAUUCACAUUGUUGUUAAUUUGGAAUAAUAUAAAUUGAAAGCUGGCAAUUCAGCUCACAGAGCCAGGAUUUUAAAAUGAACACAUUCAUCUAACUUGAAUUGGUAUGAUCAGAUCUUGCCAAAUGAUGCUGCCAAAAUAGUGUAAUAUAUUUUGGAUAUGCUAAUAAAGAUAUUUCUACUGUGGACAUCUCUGGAGCUUUCAAUACUAAGUUUUGCUUUUUAUUUAAAUGAAAAUAACUUCUUGGCAUCUGAGUUUCUUAUAUGUCUGGGUUUCUUUAAACAUAAUGCAAUUACAUCUAAGCAGUAUGCAAAUUGUACUUGAUAAACCCCUAGGUUUUCAUUUUAGAAAUCAAAUUUUUAUCACUCAAAUAGUGAUAGACAUUUUCAAUAGGUAUAGAAAACUGUUACUAAAGAUGGACUUCUCUUAUUGAACUGAACUCUCUUAAGAUUAUUUUUAAGUGGAUAAACAGCUUGUCAUAUAAGGAAUAUCUCAGUGCCAUAUUUGUGUUACUCAAUUUCACAAAAUUUAAAUGUUUUAUUUUAUUUUUUCAAUGUUUUAUUUAUAGUUUAUGUUAUAUGUAAAAUAGGAAACUUAUCUUAUUAAGAUAAAUAUUUUAAAUUAAAUUUGUGAUCUCAAAACACCUGAGUCAUAAAUUCAUAUUAAGGUUACUAGACAUGUGGGAUUCAUUCUUUGUGAUACACCAUGGAAUAGAAAAAGAACUCUACCUAUUAAAUUAAUGUAUUUCAUGUGAAAUUAUUGAAGAUAUAUGACAUAUCUGUCUCCAUUUUCUGACUUUAUUAUUCAUAUUUUAUGCUUUCCUCUUGAAUCCUUUCCCCCACUUUUCCUGGGUAUAUCAAACACAUACCUCUUACUCUAAAUUAACAUUCAGGACAUUUGGGUGAAAUCUAGUUUUCAUAUGAUCAAAUGCCCAGAGUCACCUUGUAGAGAAGAUAGGCAGAAUUUUUUUAAAAUUUAAUUUGUUAAAUAAAUCAAAUAUAUUUAAUACAUUUAUUAAAAAUAAGUAAACAAAUGCACACAGUCUGAAUUCCAAGUCUGUCCAUUACCAAAACAACAGACAGGUGGAAAUUGUCCUUCCCACCCAAGAGAGACAGUUAUUUCAAGCCCUGUACAUAGAGCAGGCUGGAGAAAGAGGAGCACAAAAUUGAACAUUGUAAUAUAAACAAAACUUGAAACAAAGCAGUCACUGAAACUAUUUUUUAAUGGGUUAUUUAGCCUUUUCUUCAUAAUCAGAAAUUAUUUUGUCUUGUAUCUUUGUAUUCUUCUCUCUGUUCAAUCCAGCUUGCCCAGGAGAAGUCUGGCAGGUUAUAUACAAGUUUUUCUUUGUUGUUCUGCCUUGCAGCAAUGCAUUAAAUAAGUGAGAAAAUAUAUGCAUUAUUAAUAAAUUGGUAAAAUGAGUACCCAGAAGAUUAUAUCUCUCACAACUAUGCUGGUUGGUGUAGCUAACAUUGCAAAGGUCAGAAGCAGGUGAAGUUGAGCAAUGUGCAGAAUAAUAAUGCUAAACAUGGACACUUAGCUGACUCCUGUGCAGAGUUUCUAAGCUGGCUGAUUCUGGAAUGAGUAACCUUAUGCUUAAUAAUGACAACUUAGAAAAGAAAUGUAUGGAUGGAAGUUUUUUUACCACUUAUAUAUCUUCCUCUCUAUAUAUUGAGACAUAAGUGUCUAAGACAUCCCUUCUGUCUAUAAUUACUAUAGGGAUAAGAGGCUUCUAGUGCACAGUCAGAGAUGUAGAGAGCUCAGAAUCCUAUUAUUUGUUUGCUGACAGGCACCAAAACACAGAGGAACAAAUUCUGGUCUAUUUUGUUUACGUUCCUUUUAUAAUUUUCAGCAGUAGCUGUAUAAGCCAGUAAAAAGAUUCAGGAGAGAACCUGAACAUAAUAAAAUUGAGAAAUUUACAGAAUGGAAUAUUCUGAGACUUUUUUUAAAAAAGUAUCUAUCAGUGCUAGAUUUGUAAAAAAUAAAAAAUGGUUGUACAAAAAUAUAAGAAAAUUAUAAGCUCAAUUAUAACCUAAUUAUUGUAAUAUGUUCCCAUAAUACAA